UUUUCCUUACAAAAUCUCCCCUGUUUAGGGCCUUCUUAGCUGUCACAACACUGCCCUCCUUGCAGGCAUAUCUGGCUGCCCAGCCUCUCUGCUUGCUUCACCAUCUGCCUGCAGCUUCUCACUGCUACACUGAGAGCAGAGACAGCAGCAGUGCACACACAGGGCAGCAGCCAGACAUUCUGCUCCAACAAGCUGCCACUGUCCAUCUUUCUAUACCCCUUCUCCAUCUCCCCACCCCUUCUGCCAUCUACCCUCUCUUUCCAACCCUCAGAAGACUUCUCUUUAUUUGGAGAUCCCGGAAACCAGAGCCACCUCUCUUCUUCAUGACUGACACAUAGGAAUUGAACAGCAGCUUUUUUUUUGUAUUGUUCUGCCUUUUUCUCCUUCUCUCCAUUUGUUGUGCAUCAGUCGUUUCCUCUUGCUUUUUUUAAUACUGAGUUUCAGUGGAUCCCUGUCACCCACAGCAUCAGGAAGCAGCAGAUCUUCAAAAUGGCUGACACGCACGGAUUAAUGGACAGGCUGGAGAAUGCGGUCAUUCGACUUGAAUCAGUUCUAUCAAAGUCUUACGCUUCUUCAUUAGGAGAGAACAAUGUUGUCAAUGGGAUUAAUGGAGGCAUUGCUCCAUAUAUGGAAGCUUUUGAUUCCUUGCUGACUAGAACCUUAGAAGAAUAUCUGAAGAACAGCAAGAUCAUCGGUGGUGAUGUGGAGACACACGCUACUAUGGUUGAAAAUGCUUUCAAAGCAGAACGAUCUUUCCUGCUUUAUGCUUCGCAGCACCAGAAGCCUCCACAGGCUGAAGAGGCCUUGAUUUUGAAGCCAAUAUCAGAAAGAAUACUUGAAAUCCAGACGUAUAGAGAAAAGAAUCGUGGAAGUAAAAUGUUCAAUCAUCUUUCGGCAAUCAGUGAAAGUAUUCCAGCCCUUGGUUGGGUUGCAAUGUCCCCAAAACCAGGUCCCUAUGUCAAAGAGAUGGCUGAUGCUGCCACUUUUUACACCAACAGGGUAUUAAAAGAUUACAAAAACAGUGAUGCUCGUCAUGUUGAUUGGGUAAAAUCAUAUUUGAGUAUUUGGAGUGAGUUGCAAGUUUACAUUAAGGAAUACCACACCACUGGAAUAUCAUGGGCUAAUACGGUAUUUUCAACUCCACCAAUUGCUAAAGGGGAACCACAAGAGCAAAAUGCAACAUCGGGAUCAUGUCAUCCUCCACCUCCACCUCCUCCUCCACCACCUUGUCUAUCAAUAUUAUCUGACUCUCAGUCUCCCAAAUCCAAAGAUGAUGCCUCUCAAGAUCGAUCUGCCUUGUUUGCCCAACUCAACCAAGGAGAAGAAAUUACAAAAGGGCUGAAACAUGUUUCUGAUGAUCAGAAGACACAUAAGAACCCCAAACUACGUGGUCAAGCAAGUCAAAACCGAUCCCCCUCAAAGAGUCACACUCCAAGCCCCACUUCUCCAAAGGCACCUCCUUUACAGAAAUAUUCUCCUGUGCUGGAACUGGAAGGAAAGAAAUGGAGAGUGGAGUAUCAGGAGGGAAUAAGUGGCUUAGUAAUUGAUGAAACGGAGCUGAAACAAGUUGCUUACAUUUUUAAGUGCAAGAAUACAACAGUACACAUAAAAGGGAAAAUAAAUUCAAUUAUAAUUGAUAACUGCAGAAAGCUGGGUCUUGUGUUUGAUGAUGUCGUGGGAAUUGUAGAAGUAAUUAACUCAAGAGAUGUUCAGAUACAGGUUAUAGGGAAAGUGCCAACCAUUUCAAUCAACAAGACAGACGGCUGUCAUGUAUACCUGAGUGAACAUUCAAUAGACUGCGAGAUCGUGAGUGCCAAAUCGUCUGAGAUGAACAUCCUUGUCCCGCACGAUGGAGAUUAUAAAGAAUUUCCUGUUCCUGAACAGUUCAAGACAUCAUGGGAUGGGUCCAAGUUGGUCACUGAACCUGCAGAAAUGAUGGGCUAAUCAGUUAUUUGAAAUGCCUACAUAUACAAACCCCAAAAUGAGGGUUUAACCCUAUUAAACUUAGUAUUGCCUGCAUUUAAAUUACAUUGCAGUAUUCUACACGAGCAACAUCAGAAAUGAUAUUGUAUUGCGGUAUUUGACAUUGUAUAAAGCACUCGAUCCUCAAAGAUGUUGAGAUAUUAAAAUAUAUAUUGUGCAAUCACAUGGCCAUAUUCAAGGUGUUGAGCAGGCUGUCUAACACACAGGGAAACUAUACACUAAAAUAAAUAAAUCUUCAUUAUAAAACUGUAAUACUCUCUGUCAUCAAGCUUUAUGACAUAUAUAGUCAUAAGGUCUUAUAUAUUGCUUUGGGAAGCCAGCUUUCUUUUAACCCCUUAAGGACACAUGACAUGUGUGAC